UCUCCCUCUUGGCAGCCUCGCGCCCGCAGGUGAGAAUGCGCGUGGAUGAACAGGCGCUUACAGGGAGAGGACUGACACGAUGUAUGUCCGACCACCCUACGGUCGUCAUGUCAGCCCUCACAGAAGGCGACCGACCGCAACGGGACAGCGGAUCCUGUUUACAGGGCCGGAUGGCGUUGGUGACUACAAGGUGAAGAGGUGCGACUUUCCACACAGUGUCGGGGUGGGCUCUAAACUGCCAGAGGCUACCAGCGAGCUGAGUUACCUGUACCGUGCGGCACCUGGGACGCCAACACCGCUGCCGAAGCAAUGCUACGUGGGAGGAGUUGGAUGGGGAGUGGAGGAGUUCUGCACGUUAAAUAUGAGGACUCUGAACAGCAACAUGCAGCUGAAGCGGGCUGAAUUUCGUCAAGAAACCGAAGACCGAGUCACUCAUCGAUACCAAAAUCCAUGGCAGCCACCCCCCCAUGUUCUUGACAAGCAACCUGGAAGAGCCAGAAGCACCUUAGCAUGGACUCAGAGCCAGUUUGAUGGGUACCUUCAUGGAAGCAGUCAGUGGGCUCAAUCCCAUGGGAAUAGGUGGACACCAGCUGCUACCCCAACAUGGAUACCUAAGAACCAUCUGGCUCCAGACCAAUCCUCACACGUUUCAGAAGAGUCAUCCAGUGUGCAAGAUUGGAAAUGAAACUGAUGCCAUUAAAGCUUCUGUCAUAUUACUGAAAAUCUAAAAAAUGAUUAAAGAAAAAACAAAAGAAGCAAUGAAACCUCUGGGGUCAAAGUUUACUUCCUCAUCCGAGUUUGUGGAUAUCAAAUGACAAAACAAUUGCUACGUUCAUCUGUGAUCUUCUUAAGAUUUAGUUUUGUUUUAUAAUUUCAUCGUCCGUUUCUCUCAGCUAAACUUUGGUUCACGUUUAGACUUUGUCGCUACGUUUCUUUGAUCGCUCGGUACCGACUUUGGCUUCAUCGUCUUGACCUGAAGAUUUUUUCAUUGCCAUGAGGAACGACACGUUUCCCCUGAAUAACUCCAUGGCCCAUAUCAACAUUUACACUUUCUACAUCAGCAUCGCACACUCCCCUCAAAUAGUU